CGCCACAGUACCUUAAGUGGCCUUCCCUCAGCGCUGCCAGACCGUCUAACGAACCACCUCGCCCACUAGCCCGCCUAACGCCCCAGGUGGGAUAAUGUGGGAUACGGCUCUUGGGAUCGCCUCUACAAGCGUGUUUUCGACGGUACAAAUGGCUUCCCGCCUGCCUGCAUGUCUGUCGAUGGCUGCCUCUGCACAGUUAACCCCCUCCCUAACCAUCCCGCCCGCCUCCACGUCUAUAUCGAUGCUAUGAGAUUGAUAGCCAGACUAUCCUUGAUCGUGUCUGUAAUUGUAGCAGCUGUGGCUAUCAUCUUCUCAACACCGCUCCUUCGUACCCUGCUACCCCUUUCCGCCUUGAAGCCCAUACGCUCACUACUGACCCGACCUCCGCCAUCUGCGCAACCCUCAGCAUCCAUGGCAACCCAUACUAGGCCCCCCGUCUACUUUUUCAGCCACGGUGGUCCAAACGUCCAAUAUGAGACGGGCCAUCCCGUCUACCCCGUUCUUCAAAAGAUCGGCAAGGAGAUCACCGAGAAGGUGAAACCGAAAGCCGUCGUGGUCUUCUCCGGCCAUUGGGAGGCUGGGUCCAACAGUAUCGAGGUCAACUCGGCGGAACACACAGAUCUGAUCUACGACUUCUACGGGUUCCCGCCUGAAUAUUACAAGGCUCAGUACCCGAAUAGGGGAAGCCCCGAGCUGGCAUUUAAGAUAGUCAACCUUCUUACCCAGGCCGGCAUAAAGGCGAGGGGAGUAACUCGGGGCCUCGACCACGGUGUUUGGUCGGGCUUCUAUGUCGCAUUCAACCCCGAGAACAACCCUCUCAAUGUUCCCCUGGUUCAGGUGAGCCUGUAUUCCAACCAGGACGUGGAUAUGCACUACCGGCUCGGGCAAGCCGUGGCCUCGCUCCGCGACGAGAACAUCGUCAUCAUCGGCGCCGGCAUGUCCGUGCAUAACCUAAGGGAUAUGUGGGUCACCCAGGGCGAUCCGCAGCCGUUGCCCUACACGGUGUCGUUCGACGAGGCUUUGAAGGAGGCCGUCGAAUCCCCGCCGAGCGAGCGCCAGUCUCGCUUGAAAGAAGUUGCCAAACGCCCCGACGCGAGGCAAGCUCACCCACGGUUUGAUCACUUAAUGCCGGUUUACGUAGCGGCCGGUGCGGCCGGUGAUGAUGCCGGCAAGAGGACGUGGACACUGCACGAAGGCAGUAUGGGGUGGGCGCAAUAUCGAUUCGGACAGGUCCCGCAGUCGUAAGGGAUUUCGCGCGGGGCGGUGACAUUAUAACGAGCUGUAUGAGUACCUACAACAAAUUACUCACCGUUACAAACGGCGAAGGGGUCAAUUAAUAUAUACUUGCACUAUCACUGCCCCUCUAGGCCUGGUAAUAUAACGAUGGCCUAAUCAUCGACAUUACCCAUCUUGUUUCCACUGCUAGACCCA